GGGAGGCGGCGAGAGGCGGAGGAGCCGUUCCGCGGGCAGCAUGGGCAACUGCCACACGGUGGGGCCCAACGAGGCGCUGGUGGUGUCAGGUGGCUGCUGUGGCUCCGACGUGAAGCAGUAUGUGUACGGCGGCUGGGCCUGGGCCUGGUGGUGCAUUACGGACACACAGAGGAUUUCCCUAGAGAUAAUGACGUUACAGCCCAGGUGUGAGGACGUAGAGACGGCGGAGGGGGUAGCUUUAACUGUCACAGGUGUGGCACAGGUGAAGAUAAUGACCGAGAAGGAGCUCCUGGCUGUGGCCUGUGAGCAGUUCUUGGGGAAGAACGUGCAGGAUGUGAAGAACGUGGUCCUUCAGACACUGGAGGGGCAUCUGCGCUCCAUCCUAGGCACCCUGACGGUGGAGCAGAUCUACCAGGACAGGGACCAGUUUGCCAAGCUGGUGCGAGAGGUGGCAGCUCCAGACGUGGGUCGCAUGGGUAUCGAGAUCCUGAGCUUUACCAUCAAGGAUGUCUAUGAUAAAGUGGAUUACCUGAGCUCCCUGGGAAAGACUCAGACUGCAGCUGUCCGAAGAGAUGCAGACAUUGGUGUGGCAGAAGCUGAGCGGGAUGCUGGCAUUCGGGAGGCAGAGUGCAAGAAGGAAAUGCUGGAUGUCAAGUUCAUGGCAGAUACUAAAAUAGCAGAUUCCAGGCGUGCCUUUGAACUGCAGAAAGCUGCCUUCACUGAGGAGGUCAACAUAAAGACAGCUGAGGCCCAGCUGGCCUACGAGCUCCAGAGUGCCCGGGAGCAGCAGAAGAUCCGCCAGGAGGAGAUAGAAAUCGAGGUGGUGCAACGCAAGAAGCAGAUCGAUGUGGAAGAGAAGGAGAUCAUCCGGAAGGAGAAAGAGCUGAUAGCCACUGUGAAGCGGCCGGCGGAGGCCGAAGCUUACCGCAUCCAGCAGAUCGCCGAGGGGGAGAAGGUAAGGCAAGUCCUCCUGGCUCAGGCGGAGGCAGAGAAGAUCCGCAAGAUCGGAGAAGCUGAGGCCUUUGUGAUUGAGGCCAUCGGGAUGGCAGAGGCCGAGAGGAUGAAGCUGAAGGCCGAAGCGCUCCAGAGCUACGGGGAAGCUGCCCAGCUGGCUCUGGUGCUGGAUGCACUGCCUGAGAUUGCUGCCAAAGUGGCUGCUCCGCUCUCCAGGGUGGAUGAGAUCGUUGUUCUCAGCGGGGAGAGCAGCAAUGUGACAUCUGAGGUGAACCGCCUGCUGGCCGAGAUCCCCGCCUCCGUGCGUGCCAUCACCGGUGUGGACCUCACAAAGAUUCCCCUGAUCCAGAAAGCCACUGGGGCCCAGGCAUGAGACCCAAAGCGUGUGAAGAUCACUCCCUGUUAUGCACUCCGACAUCAACUGCCUUCAACACUUGGGAAUUCCUUUUAUAUCAGAGACAAUUGGAGUUUCGUUUUUAAGCUCUGGUGCCUUAUUUUGUAGGGCCAGAAAGAUGCAUGUUCAAUCAGCCGCUCUUUUUUGUUACAAAGGGUGGGAGGAGAUUUAUUUUCUAACUAAUUGUAUAUUGUAUCCAGCCGGUGUUUGGCUCUGAUCCACGGUUAGGACUGGCAGCUUGUCUGGUGUUGCUGUUCUCUGUCCUCAGGAGCUCGCAGCAGGGGCUCAGCAAGAUGUGUGCAGGCACCAGGACCUGCUCUGGGCUCCCUGCCCUCCCACUGCGACCCUAUGGGGCACUGCCCAGACCCCUGCUGCUGCCCACAAACUGGGUUUGUGGUUGGCUUUCCACGUCUGUUUGUCUUGCCUGCAGCCUGGGCACGGCUUCCCAGAGGUGGCAGUCCUGGUUGGGUGAUGCUGGGGCACUGCCAGGGCUCAGUGCCAUCUUACCUUCCCUCAGGGAAUUUCCUGCUGGCCUCUUGCUCAGCCCUGAGCCGGGUCCCUCGGUGCCGCGCUGCUCCCCACCCUUAGGCUCCCUGACCUCAAGGAGCGCUGCAAGGCGGCCGUGCUGCAGAAAUCCCAAAAAGCAGCGUUGUGCCAAAGCUGUUUGAUCAUCCCAGAGGGAGGCAGCCACCCAGGCUGCUGUCCCUGAGUGCCACCAUGCCUCUCACCUCUGCUAGCAGAGCAAGGGCCUGAGCAGCAUGGGACAGCACGGGGCACUGCCAUGGGGACGUUUUCCUCCUGCAGCACUCCUGCAAACCCCCACCCACCUGGCAGCCCGUGGCUUUGCUGUCCCCAGAGAUGCUGUGAAAAGGCUGUCCCCUCUGUGUCCCCUGCAGUGCCACCAGGAGCGGGCACUGACCUUCACCCUCUCUGUGUCUGUCCUGCUGCCUAUGUUUGCUGUGGCUGUGCCUAAAAAAGUUUGCAUGGAGUCCCAGCUGGUGGGAUGGGGAGGGGGGGGUCCCAACUUUGUGCAUCUGGUGCCACAGCUCAGUGUUUGCAGAGGGGUGGCUGCUGGGUGCAGAGACCCAGGCCCACUUUGCCCUGGCAGUGCCACUGGUGCUGCAGUGUCACCUCCCUACUGCUGUACAGGAGGGGCCAGGCCUUAUCAGCCCCCAGCUUGUGGCUGCCAACCCCGAUCUGGUGCUUGCUGAUGGGUGUGCCGGGCAAGGCUCCCUAUCUCAGUGUGUGUGCAUGCCUGCACCGUGUCACUGCUGUGCGAUAAUAAAGCCUGUCACCUCGUG